AUUAUUCUCGGGCCGUCGUCGUUUUUACAUAUCUGCGUUUAUAACGCACAGCGACAGUCUACCACAACAUUUAUAGGCACGCGGUACCCGGUCGCGAUAAUACCACCACCGAAAACACCUCCCAAAUCUCCUGCGACGAUAUACCUAUAAUAUUAUAAUCAUUGCACAAGCCAUUUAGUUGGAGCUCGCGCGUGAGUGUGUGCGGCCACCGAAGUCGAAAAGCCCACCAGAUCCGAAUAAAUAUCGUGCUGAUAUUGUAAUAUAAUAUUAUAGUAAUAGCUAUAUUGUCCUCGUGUCGUCUUCGUAUCAGUUCGCGUAUGCGCGUGUGCCCGUGCGAUAGAUAAAAGUUAUUUUUUUUUUUACCUGGACACAUAAUAUAUAAUAUUAUAUUAUAUUAUUAUUACAAUAUACACGUCAUAUAUUUGUAUGCUGUUAUUGAUUAAACAUCAUUUUUAAUUCGGUUUUGUUUUUAUUUUCAAUUUUACUUUUCGGUUUUGGUUCAUCUAUGCAGAAACUCGUACUACAGACUUACGAAGCACCAGGGACGUGAUGGGUUUGGAUUUCUUGGACAAUGGUUCAAUUUUCGAGCACGCCAUAACGUGCGCAGAAUUUGGCCGAUUUCACUACUUCUUGUUGGCGCUAUGUGGUCUCAUCUACAUGAACUGCGCUAUAUCCGUGAGCGUCGUGUCUUUCGUCCUGCCUUCGGCGCAAUGCGAUUUCCAACUGAGCUCGUCGGACAAGGGCCUGUUGAACGCCGUCCCGCUCAUGGGAAUGCUCUUGGGAGCUUACUUUUGGGGCUGCCUGGCCGAUAUGCAUGGUAGAAAGAAAGCUCUGAUCGCAGCACUACUCAUGGAUGGCCUAUUCAGUCUACUUUCAAGUUUCCUCACAUUCUUUUGGCCGUUUUUGUUUUGUCGUUUCUUCAGUGGUUUUGGCGUGUCUGGAUACUUGGGAAUUUGUUUCUCGUAUUUGGGGGAAUUUCAACCGAAAAUCUAUAGAGAAAAAGUGCUGUCGUGGCUGGAAAUGUUUUGGACUGUAGGCAUCAUAAUGCUACCACUGGUUGCUUGGGGCAUCAUCCCGCUGGCAGCCAAAUACACCAUCGGCGGCUUAUUCCGGUAUUCGUCGUGGAAUCUGUUCCUCACAUUGUGCUCGUUGCCCAGUAUUCUGUUGGCUCUGUGGCUGACUAGGUUCCCGGAGAGCCCAAAGUUCCUGUUGGAAUGUGGAGAAUUUGACGAGGCACUCGAGUGUCUGAAACGGAUUUACACGGAGAAUACUGGUGAACCGGGAGAAGCAUAUCCGGUGCGGAGUCUCAUCGAGAAUGAGGUCCGAUGCAGUGUGAUCAGCAUACAGUCAAAGCGUUCGCUGCGCAGCAUGAAGACGGUAAAGACGCCAAAGGACCUCAAGAAUCUGUUGAACGAGGUGUGGUACCAGACUAAAGAGAUGUUCAAACCACCACACCUUAAGAACACGUUACUCACGUGUCUCAUACAGUUCGGCCUGACGUCCAGUUACUACACGCUGAUGAUGUGGUUCCCGGAGCUAUUCAACAGGUUCGAGACAUUCGAACGCCAGCAGCCCGGCGAGGACGUGUCCGUGUGCCAAGUGUCGUCUGUGUACAUAGAACACGACGGAGGACUGAACACAGUCGACUUGUGUGGGGCGGCAGUCGGAGAAUCCGUAUACACGCACACUCUGUGGAUCGGCAUAGCUUGCAUACCCACAUCUCUGUGGAUGCCCCUCUGCGUGCACCGGCUUGGCGCCAAGUUCUUCUUAGUGAUGUGCCUAUUCGUGUCUGGAAUUGUGGCCGCCGCUAUGUAUUUCGUGAAAAACGCUCUGCAAAAUCUCAUACUGUCGUGCCUGUUCGAAGCGUUCAGCGGACUGGGAAUCAGUGUGUUGAUGUGCAUCAUGGUCGAUCUGUUCCCCACCAACAUGAGAGUAAUGGCAGCCGCGGCUUCAGCGACGUUCGGCCGCCUCGGAUCACUGUUGGCCAACAUCACAUUCGGACUUCUCAUCGACUCGCACUGCAUCCUGCUAAUUAUCAUAUUCAGCUCGUUGUUGAUAAUAAGCGGUCUACUCUCCUUGGCUCUCCCAAAUGGCAACGACAAAGACUUAGACUAAUGAUCGAUUACCGCACACCACUCUGACGGAUAUACACAUUCGGUGAUGUGCACAAAUAAAGUAAGUUCGGCGUGUAUAAUUAUAGAAAUAUUUCUGUUUUUCAAGUGGUAAUCACCCCCAUCGUUCGUGAAUUUUUGUGGACAAAUUAUGUUUAAGGAUAAAACUACUGUACAUUGGACCUUUUUUACAGAUAUUGCUUUAAAUUGCUAUUGAAUUAACGCAGAAUCAUGUCCGUCGUGAGUGUACUAAAUAACUGUUUUUCUGGAUACAAAAUAUUUAUUUUUGGAAAAAAAAUUAUUUGUAAGCUUAUAACAUAUUAUAAUGUGACAACUUUUUUUUUUUUUUGUAAAUAAA